AUGGGGGCAAAGGGGAAGCGCCAUUCCAUCUCCAGGAGCCUGUGGAGGAGGAAUAAGCAGGAGAAAGCGCGUCGGGCAGAGAAGGCCCUGGAGAUGGAUGGCGCUGAACCUGCCGGAGAGGAGUUGGGGGCCUCGAUUACCAGCGAGGUCGAGUCCGUUCGUGCUGCUUUCGAACGGCACGGGAUAGUCUUUGGCUGUCCAGAGAAGCCCGCUGGAGUACCACGCCAGCCAGCCAUGGAUAAGGAGAACCGGCGGCCAAACCAGGGGUCGUAUACCCCUCCGGUCUCUUCCUUUCCUGGUGACAGCGGAGGUGACCCUUGCGGUCAUUCUCUCGAUAUCUCGCGGCCAUACCAUGUUGACCACCAUGUUCCAUGGUUUCCUGUCUCUGGCCAUCAUUCACUCGCACAGCAGGGCCCGCCACUUAGCCAGGGAAUUUCUCGCUUGGAACAUCUCCCACCUCUUAACAGCUACAAACCAAGCGAGUACACUACAUUUACGCCAUCCUGUAGCAACCACCUUCUUCCUCCUUUCUCUCCUCACUCGUCGACCACACAGGCCUAUCAGCGAGCCGCUUCCAGAGAUCACGUAUACCCUUACAGCUUGAAUAAGAUGGCGGAAGAGUCGACUACCUCUCACCUAUUGAAUAUUCCAGAGAAGCGUUCUGACAUCAACCUCACUUUAUAUUCUUGCUCUGGUGUCUUUGCCCCGAUCUCUCACUCCGUCCACAGAACCAUCGCAUCCAAAAACCGGCGUUUGUCCUCCCUCCUUCUCCAGCUUGAGGAUAAACAGUCUGCCCACGCAUACAUCUCUGCUGGAAGAUCUUUCACUUAUCCGUCCGCGUUUGUCUCAGCUCUACUUCACUUUUACGAGCAGCCUCUGAUUGACCAAGAUCAGUUAUUCUUUCACAUGCCCCUUUGCACCAGCCAGCCAGCCCAGCAGCAGUCAUGCAAAGAUGUUGUAGCUUCGGCUACAAGUAUCUCCCGGAUGAACUUUGUCUUGUGUUUCGCGGCUGCCGGUGUAUUUUUUAUGGACAACCAGAUCGUGGAACAAGCCCUACAGUUACUUUCUGGCAUCUUAUCCUGGGAGACUUUGGAUACUACUUUGUCCUUUGGAACGUGUCCGAUACCCUUUGAGCUCACUGUCAUCGAUCAGGAUACCCAGGAUACCCAGACCAGCUCAUCCCUUUGGAAUGAUUCAAAUGAUUCAAAAGACAGUGAUGGCUCGACGAUCUCAUGCGAGGCUUCUCAAGAUACCACUACGCUCGCAGCAUUAGCUAGAAAAGUCUUGAACAUCUCACUCCGUUUCGCCGUGGACAAUAUCCCAACAGGCUUCAAGUUUGAGAGACCUAACUGCUCAUCCACAUCAUCCCUCCAUCUUGCUGCCGACCCAGCCAAUGUCUCUCUGCUUUUCGUCUCCGUCCCGUUCAAUCAACUGCGAAAAGUUUUCAGAUACAUGCGCUUCCAGGGGAAGCUGACUGAAAAACUGGUUGUCGAAGUUGUUCAGGCGCGUGAAGUACACCGCAUACAGAUGUUAAGGAAGCUUGUUAAAAAGGGACCGUUACCCAGCCAACUGGAUUCUGAACAUGAGGUGCUUGGAUGGGAGGAACAAGCGUUAUUCACUGCCGCGCAACCUUUGGGCGCUAUUAUCGGCCGUGACUGGACUGGUUUAGAAAUCCGCCCAGCUCUACUUGCGUCGUCCCGCUUGAGACGAUCGAAGAGCUUUUGA